CCGUGGAAGCACCUGAGGAGACCGUCUGCUGGGAGUUUUCUGCCGACAACUGUGGUGAUUUUUCUCCCCAUCCUUUGAGGAUGACCAGUCUACUCUGAGCCAUCGUCACAUGCAGCAGGAAGCAGCGUGGUUCCGGAAGGACCACGGGCACUGCUCAGCAUCCUCCCCUGUUCCUGCUUGCCAGGCACUUGACAGGACAGGAAGCUACACAGCACACCAGUGUCUGCCCAUGCAAACUGUUUAAGAGAAAGUUCAACCCAGGUCUUGUAUCCUGUGAUUUAGCAGUUGAGUGAAUUCACAGUUUGUAAAAAUCAUGUCAACCUGCUAAUCGCACACUUGGUUAUGACAUUAUGGAGAAAUUUUAGGGGCUUUCUGGCUGACUUUUAUAUGUCAGGGAUAUGGGUAAAUUUUUUAAACAUAUCUUUUUUUUUUUUUGAUGUGGCCCAUCUUUUAAAGUCUUUAUUGAAUUUGUUACAAUAUCGCUUCUGUUUUAUGUUUUGGUUUUUUGGCCGCAAGGCAUGUGGCAUCUUGGCUCCCCGACCAGGGAUCGAACCUGCACCCCCUGCAUUGGAAGGCGAAGCCUCAACCACUGGACCACCAGGGUAAAGACCACUGCAAAAGGACAAGAACUAGAAAAUUGGCUGCCCCUCAGAAGACCUUCCUGUGUCCCUCCCGCUCUCCGUGCCAGAGGUGAUACAUUCACAUGGAAAAUCUCCUUCCCAUUCUUGUCCUCAUCUGCAAAGACACCCACUCCGUGUGCCUUAGAAUCUGUCUAUGAUCUUCUCCCAAAGGAGUUACAGUUACCUCCAUCUAGAGAACCAUCUGUAGCAUCAAUGAGUCAGACAAGUGGUGGUGAGGCAGGCUCGCCUCCUCCAGCUGUAGUUGCUGCUGAUGCUUCUUCAGCUCCCUCCUCUUCCUCCAUGGGCGGUGCUUGCAGCUCCUUUACCACCUCUUCCAGCCCUACCAUUUAUUCUACCUCAGUCACCGACAGCAAGGCUAUGCAAGUGGAGAGCUGCUCCUCAGCCUUGGGGGUAAGUAACCGAGGGGUAAGUGAAAAGCAGUUAACCAGUAACACAGUUCAGCAGCAUCCAUCAACACCGAAGAGGCACACAGUCUUGUACAUCUCACCACCACCUGAGGACUUGCUGGAUAACAGUCGGAUGUCCUGCCAGGAUGAGGGGUGUGGAUUGGAAUCUGAGCAGAGCUGCAGUAUGUGGAUGGAGGAUUCCCCCUCCAACUUCAGUAACAUGAGCACCAGUUCCUACAAUGAUAACACUGAGGUACCUCGUAAAUCACGAAAACGAAAUCCAAAGCAGAGGCCGGGGGUCAAACGACGAGAUUGUGAAGAAUCUAAUAUGGAUAUAUUUGAUGCCGACAGUGCCAAAGCACCUCACUAUGUGCUUUCUCAGCUUACCACGGACAACAAAGGCAACUCAAAAGCAGGAAAUGGAACAUUGGAAAACCAAAAAGGAACUGGAGUGAAGAAGAGCCCUAUGUUGUGCGGACAGUAUCCUGUUAAAAGUGAGGGAAAGGAGCUGAAGAUAGUUGUACAACCUGAGACCCAGCACAGAGCUCGGUACCUAACUGAGGGUAGUCGUGGCUCAGUAAAGGACAGAACACAGCAAGGCUUUCCUACAGUAAAGCUGGAAGGCCAUAAUGAGCCAGUAGUGUUGCAGGUGUUUGUGGGCAAUGACUCUGGUCGAGUGAAACCACAUGGAUUUUAUCAGGCCUGCAGGGUAACUGGGCGAAAUACAACUCCCUGCAAAGAAGUGGACAUUGAAGGCACUACUGUUAUAGAAGUCGGCCUUGAUCCGAGCAACAAUAUGACACUAGCGGUGGACUGCGUAGGGAUAUUGAAAUUGAGGAAUGCUGAUGUUGAAGCCAGAAUAGGAAUUGCUGGUUCCAAGAAAAAAAGCACUCGUGCCAGAUUGGUUUUUCGAGUUAAUAUCACAAGGAAAGAUGGCUCCACUUUGACACUGCAAACACCCUCUUCUCCGAUUUUAUGUACUCAGCCAGCAGGAGUGCCAGAAAUCUUAAAGAAGAGCUUACAUAGCUGUUCAGUGAAAGGAGAGGAAGAAGUAUUUUUAAUCGGCAAGAACUUUCUGAAAGGAACUAAAGUUAUUUUCCAAGAAAAUGUUUCUGAUGAAAACUCUUGGAAGUCGGAAGCUGAAAUCGACAUGGAAUUAUUUCAUCAGAAUCAUCUUAUUGUGAAGGUUCCCCCAUAUCAUGACCAACAUAUAACUUUGCCAGUAUCAGUGGGAAUAUACGUAGUGACCAAUGCUGGAAGAUCUCAUGAUGUUCAGCCAUUCACUUACACUCCAGACCCAGCAGCUGCUGCUUUGAAUGUAAACGUGAAGAAGGAAAUAUCUAGUCCGGCAAGACCUUGCUCUUUCGAAGAGGCCAUGAAAGCAAUGAAAACUGCUGGAUGUAACUUAGAUAAGGUAAAUAUUCUUCCUAAUGCUCUGAUCACUCCACUCAUAUCAAGCAGUGUGAUUAAGAGUGAAGAUGUUACUCCAAUGGAAGUAACAGCAGAGAAAAGAUCUUCCCCUAUUUUUAAGACUACAAAGACAGUUGGAUCCACUCAACAAACAUUAGAAAAUAUCUCUAACAUAGCAGGAAAUGGGUCUUUUUCAUCAUCAUCAUCAUCUUCCCACUUACCUUCUGAAAACGAAAAGCAACAACAGAUUCAGCCCAAGGCAUACAACCCAGAGACCCUGACAACUAUCCAAACACAGGACAUUUCACAGCCUGGUACCUUUCCAGCAGUUUCUGCUUCUAGUCAGCUGCCCAACAGUGAUGCACUACUGCAGCAGGCUACACAGUUUCAGACAAGAGAAACUCAGUCUAGAGAGGUAUUACAGUCAGAUGGUACAGUGGUUAAUUUGUCACACCUGACUGAGGCAUCACAGCAACAGCAGCAGUCACCACUACAAGAACAAGCACAGACUUUACAGCAGCAGAUUUCAUCAAAUAUUUUCCCAUCACCAAAUAGUGUGAGUCAGCAGCUACAGAAUACAAUUCAACAGCUGCAGGCAGGAAGUUUUACAGGCAGUACUACUAGUGGCAGCAAUGGAAAUGUUGACUUGGUCCAACAAGUUUUAGAGGCACAACAACAGUUAUCUUCAGUUUUAUUUUCUGCUCCAGAUGGUAAUGAGAAUGUUCAAGAACAGCUUAGUGCAGACAUUUUUCAACAAGUCAGUCAAAUUCAAAAUAGCGUAAGCCCUGGAAUGUUUUCCUCAACAGAGCCAGCAGUCCAUACCAGACCAGAUAAUUUAAUAGCUGGAAGAGCUGAAAGUGUUCACCCACAGAAUGAAAACACAUUAUCUAAUCAACAACAGCAACAACAGCAACAGCAAGUGAUGGAAUCAUCAGCUGCAAUGGUGAUAGAGAUGCAACAGAGUAUCUGCCAGGCAGCUGCCCAGAUUCAGUCAGAGCUAUUUCCUUCAACUGCUUCAGCAAGUGGAAACCUUCAGCAGUCUCCAGUUUACCAGCAGACUUCUCAUAUGAUGAGUGCGUUAUCAGCCAAUGAGGACAUGCAAAUGCAAUGUGAAUUGUUUUCUUCUCCUCCUGCAGUUUCUGGUAAUGAAACUGCUACAACCACCACACAGCAGGUUGCAACUCCUGGCACUACCAUGUUUCAGACAUCAAGUUCAGCAGAUGGAGAAGAAACUGGAGCACAAGCAAAACAGAUUCAGAACAGUGUCUUUCAGACCAUGGUCCAAAUGCAACAUAGUGGGGACAGUCAACCUCAAGUUAACCUUUUUUCAUCUACGAAAAGUAUGAUAAGCGUUCAAAAUAAUGGUACCCAGCAGCAAGGUAAUGGUUUAUUCCAGCAAGGUAAUGAGAUGAUGUCACUCCAAUCAGGGAAUUUUUUGCAGCAGUCUUCUCAUUCACAGGCUCAACUCUUUCAUCCUCAGAAUCCUAUUGCUGAUGCUCAGAACCUUUCCCAGGAAACUCAAGGUUCUAUUUUUCAUAGUCCAAGUCCUAUUGUCCACAGUCAGACUUCUACAACCUCCUCUGAACAAAUGCAGCCUCCAAUGUUUCACUCUCAAAAUACCAUGGCUGUGCUACAGGGAUCUUCUGUUCCUCAAGACCAGCAGUCAGCCAACAUAUUUCUUUCCCAGAGUCCAAUGAAUAAUCUUCAAACUAACACAGUAGCCCAAGAAGAACAGAUUUCAUUUUUUGCAGCUCAGAAUUCAAUUUCUCCACUUCAGUCAACAUCAAACACUGAGCAGCAAGCUGCAUUCCAACAGCAGGCUCCAAUAUCACACAUCCAGACCCCUAUGCUUUCCCAAGAACAGGCACAACCCUCCCAGCAAGGUCUAUUUCAGCCUCAGGUUUCCCUGGGCUCCCUUCCUCCUAAUCCAAUGCCUCAAAACCAACAAGGAACAAUCUUCCAGACACAGCACUCAAUGGUCGCCAUCCAGAGUAACUCUGCAUCCCAGGAGCAGCAGCAGCAGCAGCAGCAGCAACAGCAGCAACAGCAGCAGCAACAGCAGAGCAUUUUAUUCAGCAAUCAGAAUACCAUGGCUCCAAUGGCAUCUCAGAAGCAGCCACCACCAAACAUGAUAUUCAACCCAAGUCAAAAUCCAAUGGCUAAUCAAGAGCAGCAGAACCAGUCAAUUUUUCAUCAACAAAAUAAUAUGGCCCCAAUGAAUCAAGAACAGCAGCCCAUGCAAUUUCAGAACCAGCCCACAGUUUCCUCACUUCAGAACCCAGGUCCUGCCCAGUCCGAAUCAUCACAGACCUCCUUGUUCCAUAGCUCUCCUCAGAUUCAGUUGGUCCAAGGGUCACCCAGUUCUCAAGAGCAGCAAGUAACACUCUUCCUUUCUCCAGCAUCCAUGUCUGCAUUGCAGAACAGUAUAAACCAACAAGACAUGCAACAGUCUCCCCUUUAUUCCCCUCAGAACAACAUGCCUGGAAUCCAAGGAGCCACAUCUUCACCUCAACCACAGGCUACUUUAUUUCACAACACUACAGGAGGCACAAUGAACCAACUACAAAAUUCUCCUGGCUCUUCUCAGCAGACUUCAGGAAUGUUCUUAUUUGGCAUUCAAAAUAACUGUAGUCAGCUUUUAACUUCUGGACCAGCUACAUUGCCAGAUCAGUUGAUGGCCAUAAGUCAGCCAGGCCAACCACAAAACGAGGGCCAGCCACCUGUGACAACACUUCUUUCUCAGCAAAUGCCAGAGAAUUCUCCACUGGCAUCCUCUAUAAACACCAAUCAGAACAUUGAAAAGAUUGAUUUGCUUGUUUCAUUGCAAAACCAAGGGAACAACUUAACUGGCUCCUUUUAACUGGAUAUAAAUUCCAUGAAGAAAAUCCUGAUUUCAAGAUACCCUGAGAUCUUGUGAUUCCAUGAGGAUUAUUGAACUGUUACUUUAAAAAGAAAACAAAAUAUGAAAAACUGUGAUUGAAUAAAUGGAUGGAUUUUACUCUGACUGCAAAAGAGCACACCUUUGCUGCCUAUUGCAGUGAUUAACCACCAUUGUUAACAUCUUUUUAUUUUAUAUUCCUAAUAACAGUGAUGACUGAGAAUCUAUUUGAGUUUCCAGCUGACAGAAUUAAUUGUUGCUAUUUUCCUAGGCAUUAUUUCUUUAAAAAUACAGUUUAAAUUGAUAAGCUGGAUCACUCAGUUAUUAUUGCUAUUAGAAAAUAAUUCAUGUUUCAUGUUUACUUUUGUUCUUCAUUCAGAUUUUCUUUCCUGCAUUUAGUCAAGUAGUGGCUUUUGAAAAAGGAAAGUUCAAAUCAUAACUUAGGCUGUGAUUUUUCAAUAUAAAAAGCACAGCUAUUGGCCAAAGUGAAGCAAUCUUUAUUCAGUUUUUAAUAGAGAAACUGAGGGGGUAACAUUCUGACAGGUAAGCUGUAUUAAGAGCUCUACACAGAUAAGAGGACUCUUUAUCACAGACAACACACUUACAAACUGGGAACAGCUGGAAUGCUAUUGAUUUUAUUUUUCAGAGAGUUGUUAAUUCUCUGUGUUUCUGUUAAGGGUUUUAGCCAUAACUGUGCGUAGAAAAAUAUAAACAUCUUGCUCUAUUUAAAAAUGAAGGGGAUAAUAUAUGGUAAAUUAUGUUCUGAUAUCCUCCUACAAUAGUUAAAACUGACAGAGUAAUUCAAGUCUGUUUUCUUCUUAUCCCAGUCUUGAACUGGUAUUCCCUUUUUAUGUUCAGCGAUACUAUUCUUCUCCUCUUCUUCACUUUAUUUUAGACAAUUAGUAAUAUACUACUAGCUUUGUGAUCCUGUAGUAACUUAAAUGAAAAGACCACUUUGAUCUGGGGUAACCCAGCAACUCCUGCAGCACAGGCCGGGGGGUAUCCUUUCAAGAAUGAAGGGAGCUGACUCCUGAGAAACAAGAAACAAUGCAUUUUUUUUCCAUGAACGGUGCUGUUCUGAAGUCUUCAAAUUUUUCCCUCUAAUAGGAAACAGUAUAAAUGUUAAUCUGAAAAAAAAACACAAACUAAAAUUUCUUGAAACAUCACUUCUCCCUGAGCUGCAGUGAGUGUAACUCACUUGUCACCUCAGUGCUUUACAGUUUGAAGUGGUCACUUAUCUGAUGGUUCCCACAAGCCUUAGGCUUUACAGGGUCAUAUCAUUGACUUAAUAUGAAGAAUUAAUUUGUGUUACAUCUAUAGAGAGCAAAAUAACACACUCCAGAACUUGCAGUUGUAGCAUUAGUUAUACAGAUUUGGGUGUUCUCACCACCCAUGGGAUGCCUGCUUCUCUCUACAACCUGUUGUCUGGACACAUGCUUAUGUCUUACUCUCCUUCUGGCAUGUAGAAAGCUGUUAAUACAGUUUAAGGCCAAAUUGUGUGUGGCUUCUAUAUGUAGAUAAGAUGUUUUGGCAUUCUUGUCCGUUUCAUUUAUUUUUUAAGUGUACAAAAAAAUAGCCUGUUAAUUGUUUGUUGAAGGCUACAAUUCUGUUUUUUAUUUUUAUUUUUUCUAUCCAAUACAUUUAGCUGAACUUUGUGGAAUUGUGGUGUUGGUUUUGUUUAUACAGUCAGAUUUUUCCCCCUUUUUGUGAUGGUCUUCCGUGGUUCUUUGUGCUCUUCUUUAAUUUGUUUUUUCUCUUUGUUCUCAUUUAUUCUUCCCUCCACCCCCAACCCUUUCUUUCUCUCUCUGAUUGAGAGGCAUUGAAUUAUGUUUUCAGUAGUACAGGCUUCUUGCCGAUAUGAAGGGAACUUUUCAGAAAGAGACCUACUCUGGGUCAUUUAAUUUUGAAUACAGUUUUCAAUCGUUCAAGUUUUGGAUGGUUUAUAUCUAAUGUGUGUUUCAUUUUUUUGGAAAGCUAUAUUUUGUAUUUAGGAAAUGGUAUACUAUUUUGCUAUUUGUACUGAGUGAGUACAUUGGCAUAAAUAUAGAAAUUUAUAUAUAUACAUAUAUAUAAACUAUUCUUUUUUUGCCACACAUUUUUGUGGUAAAUUUGUGAGUUUGUCUGAUGUUCUACCACAACGUGGCGUCUGAUAAAAGUGAGGGGGGGUUUGUUAUGUCUCUAUUGAGUAUUUAAGUAUCUUUUGAAACAAAUGACCUUUUCAUCUGUGGCCAUUCCAUCAGGCGGUUCCUUGAUGUGAUUAGUGGGCUAAAGGCAGCUCACUGUGUGUUCGCUGGAUCUUUCACUCAGCAAAACGUUAGAGUAAGGAAACCCAUCCAGGCAGUUGUGUCAAGUGGAGUUUCACAAGAAUGAGCCAUUCAGUCUUUGCUCACUAUAUAUUUAAUAUUUUAUUAUUGUUGUUAUUGUUAUUAUUAAUUGGCUUUCUGUAUUCUAUGCCUUUUAUUUAUAAAGACACUAAAAAAAACCCCAUGUUUGGAAUUUUAAUAACAUUUUCCCCAUCUUGUAAUAUCCAGAGCUACUUUAUAAAUUCUCUAAACCAAAAGCAUUUUCCUCAAUAUAUCUCUCUCUCCCCACCCCAUCAGGAAAAUUUACCCAGUAUAGUUCAGGGUAUGAGAAGGACCACACAAUCCAGUGCUUCAGUUUUAAAAUGUAAAACUCUUAACUGCAGAGGGUUGACUCAUGUCAGUAAGCUUAUCCACUGGUAUAAAAAUAAGAAAUAGAAAUAAAAUGCUGUAAGUUUA